AUGUCCUCGAAAGAAGCCCGCAAGAAAAAGAUACACGAGAAGUCAUAUAUGGAGAGCGAGACUGAUAAUGCUACAGUGCCAGUGUCCACUGCAAGUCCUUCAUUCCAGAACCCACUGCCUGAUUAUCUGGACCCGCGUCUCUCUCGUUCGUAUGUCAUUGCGGAACCUGAGACUGAGGACACGAACACGCCAUACUCUUCAGCCAAUGCUGCUUCUAGUGACCCGUCUUAUAAUCUCACGCAUACUUACCCUGGACUGGAAGACCACUCGCUGGCCCCAAUAACCUCACCGACAAAGACAUCACAGGCUCUUUGCAGCCCCUGGAAGCAAGAACCACUGCAAAGGGCGGAGGACGAGGACGUCCCGGUGCAAACCGCAUUGUACUGGGCGAAGGCAUCGGAUAACGAAGCAGACGUGGCUCCUCAGCCAUCCGACCAGUACAGCUGCGAUCCAUUUGUUGACGAUAAUGAAACUGACAGCAUUUAUUUUCCCACCAUCAAUGAGAUGGAGAAGGAAAGAGCAGAUGAGAUAGCCAGACUGAAGGGUGUGCUGUGGCCUGGAAUGGAUAUAUUUGACUCGGCUACCGAACAGAUGAGACGCAGACGCAAUCAGAAGAAGGAUGAAAGCAUCUUGAAGCUCAUGGAAAAGACGUCCCUUUGUGUGGAGCCAACAGAGCUUGUCUUUUCCCCUACCGGAAUUUUACGGAAGCAGCGUGUGAUCUCAGGUAAUGUUGAGGAUAGCAGCCCCCUCAAAGGGGAGACGCCCGUUCCCAAACGUCGAGUAAAUCGCCCCAAAAGAGUUCUCUCCCAAGUUGAUCCUAAUAUCCAACGUGGGCAAAGUAGGAAACGAACCAGAAGGAUUACCAAGCGCAUUGAGAAACUGGUGGAUAGAGAUACAAGAGGAAGAGAUACACAAAUCCCCAAGGGAUCCCUAGGGCCUCAGCGGCUGCAUCGAUAUGGCAGUCCCGGGGAUGACAUGGACGAAUUUGAAUUAUCCUUCAGAGGGACAAAGCUAAAACCUCGCACUGGAUUUACCGUCUUUCAUGAUAGACCAAGUCAGUGUAAUGCUGGUUCUACGGAUCAUAACCAUGGCGAUGGAACUCAUGCUGUGGCGUCGGCUCCCUCUCAUCCUCUAUACCUCCUCAAGGAUUUCACACUUCAUCAUGAUGCUUAUCCACUAUCACCUGGUGACCAAUCUAUCGCAGUGGCUGGACGAGCGCAUGAUUUGACCAUGGGCAAGGAGAACAUUGAACCACUCCUGGAUGUUCGUGGCCGCAUUGAUCCUCUGAUGGACUGGCAGUCCCCUUCCCUCACGGAGCAUUUGACCAGCGGAAUCUGUUACCCACCGCAGUACUUUUUUGGAGAUUCUCGACCAGUUGGCUUCAGAUCGUUCGAUAACCAGGAAAGCCCCACUGGAUAUUCGUUCAACCCUUUGGCCGUUUCACUCUCUGGGUUGCCCGCUGACGAUGGUCCAAUGUGUACUCCAAAACCAGAACUUAGAUCGAACAACCAGUAUGAAACACAGCUUGGCUCACCCGAGUCCACAAUUUCGGACGUUGAUGAAAGCGAGUUUGGCCGACUUUACCUGGACGGGAGCUCGUUCUAA